AUGAGGCGAUCAGGAGUAUCGAUAUGGACCCAUCUGACCCUCUUGCUUGUAUCGGCUGUGAUCAACGUCCCGCCACGGCUCAUGCUCAAGGGCAGCACCAUCGUGUCCGUCUGCGCUAUCGACGCCCAUGCAGCAGCACCAGAAGCACCAGUAGCCGUAGCACCGGGCCAAAAUUCCAGUAUAUCAAACAGCAGUACUUGCAAGGAAGAAAAAUACGAAUCAAAUCCAAUGUGUCCAGUACAUCUCUCGUUGCUUCAGACCAACGUCAUUACAAUAGACCUCCUCCGCUCUAUGGAGCCUAACAACACAAAAACACAAUCUGAACUUCGGACAGAAAACGGUCCACAGGAAAGUUUCGCUUCAGAAUCCCCUCAGAGACCAAACCAGGAGUCUCCUCGGAGGCUCAUGUUGGCCCAAACGUAUUAUGCACGUCUGUCGGCCGAGCCAGGUACAGAAAAGGCCCGGGCGCAGCACAUUGCUGUAGCGGCGGCGUUGAAGUCCUUGCCAGGACAUGUCUUAAUCCGGCAUGAAUUUGGUACGGAUGAGGACGAUGUCCUGAAUGUGAUCUCGUUCAAAUUUGAGGGCGAUACGGAUGGUUUAGAACAAAUCGCGGCUCUGGAAGGCGUCAUUGGCAUCUAUCCUGUGCGGACGCGAAAGAGACCCAAGACACUGCCAUUGGGUGCGCUGAAGCGGACAAGGCCCAGUUUGCAAUCGGCUCACGUUUUGACAGGAAUCGCUAAGGUCCAUCAGAAGCUAGGCCUGACUGGCAAGGGUAUCAGGGUCGGCAUCAUUGAUACUGGAAUCGAUUACAGGCACCCAGCGCUCGGCGGAUGCUUCGGUCCAGGUUGUAAAGUCGCGUACGGGUACGAUUUCGUCGGCGACGACUACGACAACGCCAACCCAGAGAAAGAUACGCCUAAACCAGAUCCCGAUCCCAUGGACUGUGCGGGACAUGGCACCCAUGUGGCCGGGAUCGUUGCUGCCCGCAACGAGGGCCCAAACGCGAUGGGUACACAAGUUUUUGUAGGCGUUGCACCAGACGUGACUCUCGGAGCGUAUCGGGUGUUCGGAUGCAACGGCGAAGUCAGCGACGAUGUUCUGCUGGCAGCGCUCAAGAGGGCUUACAGAGAUGGCAUGGACGUCGUCAACCUUUCGCUCGGCGGGUCGUCCGGAUGGCCCGAGGAGCCCUUCGCGAUAGCUUGCAGCGGAUACAUCACCAAGGGUCUUCAUAUUGCAGUGGCGAACGGUAAUGAUGGUGAGCAGGGACUCUUUGAAGAUGGGGCUCCUGCAACAGCGGUUGGUGCUGUGGCGGUAGGAAGCGUCGACAACACACACUAUUUGGGCACAGCCGUUGAGCUGGCGUGGCGAGCGCUUGAUCGACGUAGCCAUGUAGCGGGGCCUGCAGCAGGACAGAGAGAUGUGGGUAGGGUCGGGUUGGUGAUGGCGAGCGAUGCGUCAGAUAUCCCGAUGGCGUCGUUCAAAACCAAUAUUUCUUACGUGAUCCAUGUUCCCGCCAAGGAUCCACUGGGGUGCGUCGCCUACAACGGUGCGACGCUAGAAAAGAGCCUCCAGGUGCCUCACUCUAGCAUUGUGGUACUCAUCCACCGUGGCGGAUGCACAUUCAGUGACAAGGCUAAAUACGUCGCCAAGGCAAAUCUUGGCGGUAUGCUCGUCUACGAUACCAUUCCGGAGCAAAGACCGUUAGGCAUGACCAUCACUGGAUUCAAUAUCUCGGCCGGUGGACUGUCCUUUGAGGAUGCAACCGUGAUUUUGGACGCUAUCGAAGCGAGGGAAGGCAAGAGUAAUUCGCAGAAGCUGGUGGCUCAGUUCUCGCGCGAGGACAAAGUGCUUAAACUGGCCAGUGGAGGCAAGGUCUCGGAUUUCUCGUCCUGGGGACCUGAUGCUCGGCUCAAAUACAAGCCGGAUAUCGUGACACCAGGAGGCAUGAUCUACUCCACCUUUCCACUCGCCAAGGGUGGGUUUGCGACCUUGCAGGGCACAUCGAUGGCAUCGCCCUACAUGGCCGGUAUCCAGGCCUUAUUCCUCUCCAAGCAUGGCAAGACCGAUGCGACAAAAUUGCUGAACAUUCUGCAGUCCACGGCGACCCCCACCGUCAUGCCGGGCUCGGCCACCGGUCUGACGCCAGUGUUCCAGCAAGGUGCAGGCCUUGUGUCGAUGUAUGGUCUCUUCUUGGAUGACGAGCCUCCCACGGUCCUGUCGCCUACCGCUCUGUACUUGAACGACACCCAGUUUCAAAGACUGGAUCACAGCAUCACCUUUUACAAUCCCUCGAACACAAAUACGCGCUCCUGGACUAUGGUGCACCGCCCAGCUCUCUCUGUGAACGGGUUCGAUCAAAGCGGCAAGCAUUUUUAUACACUUGUGAAUCAGUCCCGUCUGCGGACUUCAGAGGCGGGUGUUGAGACUGUAACCAUGACACCGAUGCAGCUGCGACUCACACCUAGGGCUUCAGGAACGAUCCGAAUCCAUAUCGAUCCACCGAGAGACACCCUAGAUAUUGAGCAGCGGUGGCUCUACAGCGGCUUUCUCGAAUUCCAGUGUCAUACCGACACCGGUAUUGAAUGUGGAUCUAGCUUUGUGUCAUAUGGAGGUAUGCACGGUCGUUUAGCAGAUAUCCCGAUCCUGAAUCCGGAGCUUUCGUAUCCGGCCCUGUCUUUGGAUCGAUAUGUCAAUGUAAGCGGCGCCAAGACUCGAGCCAAGCCCUACGAAUCUUUAAAUGAUUCAGAAAAGAUGCGCGACAAAGACCAAGGUAAAGGUAACGGUAAAGGGGGUAAUCCUCACAAGAACCUCUACCGCGAUCGAUCCGAGCGUGUGGUGGUAGGCAAGGACAACGAAGACUGGGUCCAGAUCUUGGUCUCUGUAAACUACCCAACAAGUCUGCUCACGAUCGAAGCCGAAUCUGUUUGCGACAGCGACCGUGGGGCUGGAGGUGGCAACGGUCGGAUCCAGGUCAAGACCGAGCAAAAACGCGAGGAGGCAGAACAAGCGGUGGCGCAAAUCAAACGACUGGAGAAACAAGGCGAAGAACAGGACAUCCUGGAUCAAGAACGAUCCGUACUUGUCAAGAAAAGGUUGGCGCGGUCGGAGGAACUGGCGUUCAUGCCUUCUGGAUUAUACAUGCCCUAUAAAGGCUACUCGCGCGUGAUGCUGCAGCCUUCGGCUAUCGAGGAGACCAUACGGCUGCACCGACUGAACAAGAAGAACCCCAAGGACGGGGAGUCUAAAUCUGUCAGUGAUCGCAAGAAAACGGGUCGUAGGAAGGGGAGAGGGCGCCAUGGCAGUAGGAAUAACAAGGUUCCAAAACUCCAUCAUCGUGGUGGACAAAGAAAAGGGAGCAAGGAUGAAAAGAAACUUGAGCCCGUCAAGGAGCCAAAGUCUGGACACCGAAUGCCGUGUGUGCCCCGGAUUCUAGGCUUGAUCCCCAACGGCUUCAACUCCUGGAAUAUGCGCUCUGACUCCGCAGACGGUAAUGGCUUCCAGGCGUUUGCGUGGAUGGGCGAUUUGCUGCUUCAGAACCACGAGGCUGUGGACGUGAGGAAACAUAACGAUGGAGACGAACUGGCUGUAGUAGACGGAUCAGAAGAUCUUACAGAGAAAGCUCAAGGUGGGCAUAAGCAUAGGACAAAGUCAGAUUCUGCUAAAGACAUGAAGAUAGGCCAGAUGGAGCCGACACGGAACUUACCUGACGGUCGCUAUCGCCUGGUACUGAAGGCCCUGAAGCCUUGGGGAGUCCCUGGGCGUGCCAGCGAUGUGGAGCGGUGGUCCAGUCCGGUUAUCGUGAUCAGGCGGAACAGGUAG